GACGGGCCUUCCAGGUCUACAGCAAAGUGGAAUAACCUGCUAAUCUGUUUGAACUUUGAGGAGAUUUUGGAGUAGCUGAUUGUGAUACAUGCUUCUCGGUCGACCUCGUAGAAUUGAUGCAUGUGGUACCUACAGAAAGCUCCCGAAUGUGCUUGCAGCAAGUUCCAAAACCUGCAAGCAGUAUUUUUUGAGAGGAAGCUAAUUACAAAGCUUUGCAGGCAACGUUGAUUGGCAGGAGUUUGGGACGCCGUUCCGGAGCCCUUUUCAAAGCUGCGGAACACUUUUGACCGAAGAGUGCUAGGCAAGAGCUAUGUAGUUUCGAACUAAUGGUCAGCGACCGUAGAUUGAGCUGGUAAAGGAGGCAGCUCAGCAUGAGUGGCCCCCCGGGGACAGCUAUGGGCAUGGGGGGGCCCUUGGCUGGGGGCCUGGGGAGCGGGCCACCCCCGGUCCGAAUACAGGACGGGCAGGUCACGAGCAGCGUGUACGGCAUGAUUAAAGACGGGAAACACAAAGAAGUUGCUCAAGUACUGGAACAGCAGCUGCAGUUCAAUCCCGAGAGCCGCGCCGCGCUGUCCCUCUUGGGUUACUGCUACUACUACCUCGGAAUGUUCCCCGAGGCAGCGUCUAUGUAUGAGCAGCUCAUUCGGCUGCAUCCCGACAUCGACGACUACAAAGUGCACUAUGCAAAGUCUCUGUACAAGGCAGGAAUGUUUCCGGAGGCUGCAAAGGCUGGCGCGGCCGUCGACGGGUUCCGGCAACGGAUGAUGAACCUGCAAGCGUGCAUCAAGUAUGAGCAGGACGAUAUUCCAGGCUGCAAGAUGAUGCUCGAGCAGUGCACGCCCGAUGACGUCAGCGUGACGGUGAACAUGGGGUGCGUCCUGUACAAGGAGGGCAAGUACGCCGAGGCGCACGCCAAGUUUGGGGACGCGGCGUCGGUUUUAGGCGACCAGCCGGAACUGACGUACAACAUCGCUCUCUGCUACUACCGCCAGAAGCAAUUCGGCCCGGCGCUCAAGCACGUCGCCGAGAUCAUCGAAAAGGGCGUGAGGGAUCACCCGGAGUUGAGUGUUGGCAGCUACAUGGACGGCCUGGAGGUCCGCAGCGUGGGCAACAGCCAGACGCUGCGCGAGAGCGCGCUCAUCGAGGCGUUCAAUUUGAAGGCCGCCAUCGAAUACGUCAUGAAAAGCACGGACGCGGCUAAGGAAGCGCUGAACGACAUGCCGCCCCGGUCAGAGGAGGAGCUCGAUCCGGUGACGCUGCACAAUCAGGCGCUUAUGUACAUGGACGACGACCCGACCACCGGGUUUAGGAAACUCAACUUCCUUCUUCAGAACCCUCCGUUUCCCCCUGAAACGUUCGGCAACCUGCUGCUGCUCUACUGCAAGCCGACGCACCAGUUCUACGAUCUGGCCGCUGACGUCAUGGCGGAGAACACGCACCUGACGUACACGCACCUGUCACGUGACCUGUACGACUACCUGGACGCGACCAUUCUGCGGCAGACCGUGCCGGAGGAGGCGUAUCGGAAGUACGACGAGCUGGCGAGCCGCCACGUGGACGUCCUUCGGCGGCUGACCAAGUCGAUCCAGGACGGCCGAAAAGCGAGGGACAACGAAGCAAUCAAGAAGGCAAUCAACGAGUACGACGAGGCACUGGAGAGUUACAUUCCUGGGCUGAUGGCGAUGGCUCGCAUCUACUGGGACCUGGAGAACUACAGCCAGGUGGAGCUCAUCUUCCGCCAGUCCGCCGAGUUCUGCUCCGAGCACGACACGUGGAAGCUCAACGUCGCGCACACGUUCUUCAUGCAGGAGACCAAGUUCAAGGAGGCGCUCAAGUAUUACGAGAUGAUCGUCCAAAAGCACACGGACAACAUCCUCAGCGUCAGUGCCAUCGUUCUCGCCAACCUCUGCGUCUCCUACAUCAUGACCAGCCAGAACGAGUCGGCUGAGGAGCUGAUGCGCAAGAUCGAGAAGGAAGAGGAGAAGGUCCAGUCGCAGGACCCGUAUAAGCUAUGCUUCCACCUGUGCAUCGUCAACCUGGUGAUCGGUACGCUGUACUGCGCCAAGCAAAACUUCGAGUUCGGGAUCAGCCGGAUCAUCAAGAGCCUCGAGCCGUACGCAAAGAAGAUCGAGACGGACACGUGGUUCUACGCCAAGCGGUGCUUCCUGGCCUUCAUAGAAAGCGUCUCCAAACACAUGCUCGUGUGCAAGGAUGCGACUUUCACCGAGAUUAUGGCGUUUCUCGACGCGGCCGACCUGCACGGGAAGAGUAUUCCCACCCGCAUAACCAACGGCGACCCAGGCAGCGGCUACGGGGCGCCAGGUGCGGGACGAGGGGAGGGUGAAUCGGCCCCAAGGACCGUUUCGCAAGAAGCAAGGAUCCUCAAGAGAAUGUUCCUCAAACUGAGAGACUAGAGUACUCUUGAAGAAGCAAGGAAAGCAAGAAAAGCGUUGUCCUAGCAGAGAUCGGAUACCAGGCUCUCAAAUCCGGAUGAUUCCAAUGUGUGUGGAUUGUGGUCGGAGUAUCAUUAACCUUUGUACAUCCAUGCAAGUUCCAGUUUACAUCUGUCUAAGGGGACUAGGACUUCAACUGACUUUUGGUUGGGAUUCAGGCGCAAAUUAAUGCUGACUUCAACUUACAAUACAGUUGGAACAAGCCAUUGGGAUUUCAAAAGGGCGAAUGACUCUGGG